AUUCAACUCAAUCUCACCCCAUCCAAUCAUCCACCCAUGACCUCUCGCAAUUAUCCUCUUACGAUCUUCACAAUCCAUCCACCCAUAAUUUCCUCUCCGAUCUAUCCUCCAUCCCUCCCACCUCUUCUCAUAUCAUACACCUCAUCGAACUCUUCCAACGUACAUGGUCCCUCUCGCCAUCUCAGGAAACAUGGCGACAUCUAGCCCAUUUAUCACUUCUGGUCAAUUCAACUGAAUUAGGACAAAUGGCAUGGAACGGCUGGUGGAAUAGACAUUGGAACAUUGUGCGCAUAGCGGCGAAAUCUGCCAUAGCAACGAAAACACCCACGAACUCUCUUCCUAUCUUACCCAGGGAGGGAUCCGAUCUGGCUAUCCAUAACCAGUCAGCGAAUUGGGUAGGGAAAGAUGGAUUGAGGAAAAAGCGGGAUGUGCCAGAAUGUCAAAAGGGGCAGGAAAACGGUAAGAAGCGAUUUUCAGGCAGAAGGAUAAUCGGGUCUGAUGUCAUGGAAAGAAAGGCAAGGUCAAAAGAGGAGAAAGAGGAAAAAGUCAAGUUAUUCUCACUUAGACAUACUAAAGCUAAAAGAGGGUUGAAGAUGAUGAGGGAGAUUCAAGGUAUGGACUGGAGUCGGCCGGAGGAAGAUGAGUUGUGUUGGUUUAGAUGGAUGGAUGGGAGAUGAGCAUUAGAGUGUAUCACACAUCAUCGUCAUUUAUCGGACAGAGAAAGCUGCAUACAUAUCUGCAUGGAUCCAUACUGCAUCAAAUCUGGAAUGAUUUCAAUAGAUCGAUUUCGAUGACAUGAUUUACCAACCC